GCUUUUAGCUAGCGCAAGCUAAACUGCGUACUUCAUCCAUGAUGUCGCUAAACAUGAAGAGGAGUAUCAGUGCGGUCACUGAAUAUUUUUUCUAGAAACAUUAUUUGAAAGCUGUUAAACACUUUCUCGUCUUAGCAGCACUGCCCAUUAUUUUCAAAAUGGACAGCCGACUUUUAGCUACCAAGCUAAUGUAGCAACAUAACGUUUAGAUUCAUUGUUAGCUGAGUUAGCUAAUCGACCUGUGGAUAAACUGUGCACACUGACAGAUAACAUGGCAGAGUCGUUAUCAGGGGUUAAUGUUGUUCUGGUUAUGGCCUAUGGAAGCUUGGUAAGUGUUUGUGCUGCUGUUCAUCUUCGUCAAAAGGCAAAUCAUGCGUUUCGCAAUGAGAUCCCGCCGAGGACCCCAUGCACCUAUUGGCCAUAAUGCACCUAAGGGUUUGAGGGAGGAGAUUGACUCCAGGCUGUCCAAGGUCCAGGAGAUCCGCUUUGAACCUCGUCUCCUAUCAGAAGAAGACGAUAGGCUGAAGCAAGGACCACAGAUCAGUUGUUACAACUACCUGUACAGAAUGAAAGCUCUGGAUGCCAUCAGAGACUCAGAAAUUCCUCUCCAGGAGAUAAGCCGCUGUCCCAGUGCGUUUACUGGACGCAACUUCAGGAACUGGCUGCUCGAGUUGAGCAACUCCCACUCUCUGAUAAAGAGCAGCCGCAGUGCGCUGAUUGAUCGUUUACUUGAAGGCUAUGACAGCGCUCGCCAUGGGACUGGGGCGUUUGGGGAAGCUGAGUUUUUUGAAUACCAGCAAGCUCUCAACGAACUGGCUGAUGUGGUGAAAGCCUAUUCCAGCACUACCAGCCUGGACCAGCAUCACCAGUCCGCAGCCAAAGACCUGACAGGCUCUCCUGUCCGGAGCACUCCCUCCACCAUCCAGGUCACAUACCUGCCCUCCACUGGCCAGCGCAGCAAGAGGCCCAAACACUUUCUGGAGCUCAAAAGUUUCAAAGACAACUACAACACAUUGGAGAGCACCCUGUGAGGGGGUCACAAAAUGUUUGUCUGGUGUGUGAGCAUGUGUGCACAACGGUUACACGAUCAACUGUAAGAUCCACAAUAUGUUUUAGGGUAAUUUUUAAGACUUACUUAGAAAAAGAAAUGUCUCAUUUUCUAACAAUUGUUGAAAUCUUGCAUUCAAGGUUUUUGCUCUCAUGAUGGUGAAGCCCUUACGUGCACGUUACACCAAAGGCCUUUUUUUGUAUUUUGGACCUAAUGAGUGAGUUGAGAGGACAAACAAGAUUGUAGCCAACCUGGCAACCUUGUCAUUUUUGUAAAAACAGCCAAAUGAAUGGCCGUCACCUGGAUUCAUUUUUCUUUUUCUCAAAAGUCCAAGUGUACAUUUUGAUUUACUGUAGUUGUACAGAUGUAAGAUAUGUAUACUGACACUAUCUUAUUUAAUUAAUAGUGUGAUUUGUAUUUAUAUGAGGUUGUACACUUGUAGUUUGAGAUAAAAGCUUUACGACCCA